GAAAACCCGCCAUUGAAACUCCCAACGUGAUCGCUCCGUAGCAGCUCCCGCUGAAGAAAGGUACAAGUAAAAACUCCGAUACAAACCUCUGCUGUUCUCUGUUAUCUUCUAGCCAGAAUGGCGUACCGAGGUCAAGGACAGAAGGUCCAGAAGGUGAUGGUGCAGCCCAUCAAUCUCAUUUUCAGGUACCUUCAAAAUCGCUCGCGGAUCCAGGUCUGGCUGUACGAGCAGGUGAACAUGCGGAUCGAGGGCUGCAUUAUUGGCUUUGAUGAAUACAUGAACCUGGUUCUAGACGACGCUGAGGAAGUCCACAUGAAGACAAAAAACAGAAAGCCACUGGGGAGGAUCAUGUUGAAAGGAGACAACAUCACCCUGCUGCAGAGUGUGACCAACUAGUCAGAGGAGAAACCUGCCCAUCUCAUUUUCUACACCUUUAAACUUCUACACCUUUGUUUUCAUUUGCAUAUGUUUGUUUAUUUGACAUGCAUAUUGUUAUUGUAUUCGUCUGCCACAUGGUCUGGUUUUGAGAAUAAAAUUUUCCAGUUCUUGUUUUUA